GAGCGCGCAUGCGCACAAAAGCGCCCGAGCGGCAAACUCCUGCGGUGCGGAUGCGUCGCUACGUGAAAUGGCGGCUUAAGACCAUUUUCUCUCGUUAAAGUCUCUGCCGUGUUAAUUGUGAUGCCACUUAGCGUCACGCGUGGAGUGUAAAAGCUCAGCCGGACCUAUUCUCGUCCUUCUCGUCCACGCUUUGGACUCGUGCCGACACGCAAGGUACGAACUCGCAAAUCGCCCCCCCACCCCCCCUGCCUGGAGACGUUAGCCGUAUGACGCUAACGCUAGCUCCCGAGCGGGCUUGAUUGAAGAGGACGUUCGCCGCCUAAACGGCUUUACGUGACCACGCCGCCGCCUUACUUACAAAAUCAACUUUUUACGGACUCAAGUCGACCUCACUUGUCACGACCACACGCACACUCGACUUGCUUCUCUCCAUUGAUUUUAUUGCACAGGUGCGAUGGCGAAGCGGAUCGCAGACAAAGAGCUCACGGAUCGGAACUGGGACCAGGAGGACGAGGGCGAGGAGGCCGGAACCUUCUCGGUGGCCACCGAAGAUGUGAUGAAAAACCGCGCCAUCAAAAAGGCCAAGCGGCGGAAUGUUGGUGCAGAGGGUGAGGCCGCAGGGGCCUUCAAAGGGUUCAAAGGUUUCGCCUUAAGCGCUUCCUCCACGCCGGCGCCCUUCUCCACCCUCGGCAACGGCGGAGCCUUCAAAGGCCCGAGCGCUCUGACUAACGGGAGCGGCGGCCUCGCGCUGUCCAUCACCGCGUCGCCGUCUACGACCGGGCCGACGCUGAACGGCAAGCCGGCCAACGGCGGCAAGGAGUACGGUCGCCAGCUGACGGCUCUCAACUGCUCCGUCCGCGACUGGAUCAGCAAGCACGUGGACGACAACCCGCUGUGCGACCUGCAGCCCAUCUUUCGCGACUACGAGCGCCACCUGGUUACCAUCGAGCGGCAGUAUGGGACUGCUGCUGCUGCGGCGGCGGAAGACAAGAAAGCCUCGCUUGUAGCUUCCUCCCUGUCGGCUGCCUUUUCUUUCAAGGGCAAGGCAGACGAAUCGCCCGCCGCAACCUUCAACUUUGGCCAGGAGAAGGACAGUUCCGUCCCGAAGAACGCCGCCACACCUGCGUUUUCCUUGUUCGGAAGCGCUGCGCAAUCCUUUGCCAAGACGGAGCACAUAGCGCCCUCAGAGGAGAAUACGGGCCACGAUGACGCCUACGAGCCGCCCAAGCCCGAGGUCAGAGAGAUCAAAGAGGAUGACGCCUUCUACUCCAAAAAGUGCAAGCUCUUCUACAGGAAGGACAAUGAGUACAAGGAGAAGGGCGUAGGCACGCUGCACCUCAAACGCACGCCGGGCGGCAAAACGCAGAUGAUCAUCAGGGCCGACACCAACCUGGGUAGGUUGGGCGGACGGGGCGGGGCGGGAGAGCAGGCUAACGCUAACGCCGCCGUGUCCCGCAGGAAACGUCCUCCUCAACAUCCUGCUGUCGGCCGACAUCAAAUGCUCGCACGCGGCCGCCAACAACGUGAUGGUGGCGUGCGUGCCCAACCCGCCCGUGGACGACAAGAACCCGAGCGCCCCAGCGCUGCUCCUCGUCCGCGUCAAGACCGCUGACGACGCCAAACAGCUGUGCACAAUUCUGGAGCAGAGCAAAGGCUGAAGGCGCACCACCAAACGCACCUUUUGGGUUCCGGGCGCCGACAUUCCCUUCCUCCGGCUUUUAGGCCACCUUUGGCUUUGAUCCCUCAUUUCCCCACGGAGGGAUUUUUCUUUUUCCAAUUUUUUUUUUUCUUUUCUCCAACCCGGACUUCUCACAGAUGGACGGACUUUUGCUGUCGUUCUUUCCAAGUGUCCUUGGCAGUCCCCGCGGACGCCUGCUGGGAAUAAAAUGGAAAC